AACAAAACCCCAAAAAACCUUGCUGUAGAGCUGGGACAUGCUCAUCCACCUUUCUGAGCCCUUGCCUAGUCCCUCUACAAUGUGUCCUGUGGGAAUGUAGAGCUGCCCAGGAAGUAUGGGGGAUGGAAUGGUGUCUCUUCCUUAUUCCACAGGCUCCUGCUGUUCAGCUCAUUUCGCCUACCACUCCACAAUGGAACAGCCUGGUACUCAGACACAUCCUUCUAUGUGCUGGAAUCAGGCUAUGUUCUAGAACCCUGCCCUCUCCAGUGCCUUCCUCACUUUGGAAUACCCUAGAAUGGCAGGAUUUUGCUGCCCCUGGACAGUGACCACUUGCUCCAGUGCCUGGGCCUGCCUUGAGUCCAGGCUGUGAGCGGGAUGAGGUGGCGGGACCGGAUAGCUGUGUUAUUCUUCCCUCCGGGCAUGAUGCUCACUGUAGCUGCACUCAUGCUCUUCUUCCUACACAUGGGGGUCUUUGCUAGUGACGUUCACAACUUCUGUGUCACCCACAACUAUGAGCGAAUGAGCUUCCAUUACACAGUCGUCCUGACAUUCUCCCAGGUGAUCAGUAUCUGCUGGGCUGCCAUGGGGUCACUCUACGCAGAGAUGACCGAUGACAAGUUUCUUCGAUGCUUUGCUUUGACCAUCCUGAUGCUCAAUGGAGCCAUGUUCUUCAACCGCAUGUCCCUGGAGUUUCUGGCCAUCAAUUACCGAGAGGAGAGACACUAAGGCCUGGGGACAGGGGACAGGGCUGAGAAGGAAGAUGGAAAAAGCUGCUUCAGGUGUUUUAAUAAAGUCUGUUGUUUAUUUGCA